UCUCUCCUCCCGAUCUAGAUGUCUAGAUCCCAGCUCUUCCUCUCCUCCAGUCUCAGCUCCCCCAUUCUCCCCACUCUGCGACCCUCUCUUUUAUCUCAUUGACUUCUUUGCACCUCAUCUGCAACAGUCACUCGUUAAAACAAAUAUCGCAACUACUACACCACCCUGACCAUCAGUCAACCUCACCAACGCUCUCUCUCUUGGCCCCCCACGCCUCCGAUCCACCUCCUCAUCCACCAUGUCGGGCAUGACCGUCGGCGCCUCCAUCUUCGUCGCCGUUAAACCCAUCGUCAAAAUCUGUCUCUCCGUCUUCCCCGGCGUCUACUUCUCCAAGAAAAAUGUCCUCGACAUCCACACCAGCAAAAAAGUCUCCUCCAUGCUCAUCAACUACUUCCUCCCCUGCAUCGUCUUCAACAAAGUCGUCAACGCAUUCGACUCCGGCACCAUGCGCACCGUCGGCGUCUGCGUCCUCGCCUCCGUGCUCUACAUCGCCGCCGGCAUAGUCUACUCAUUCGUCCUCCGACUAUUCACACCCGUACCUAAAUACUGGCGCGGCGGCUCGGCCGUAGCUUCCAUCUUCAACAACGCGGGUGACAUCCCCAUGGCCUACGUCAUGACCAUCACCGCAAACUCGCCAUUCAAAGACGGCGACGAGACAAAAGGCAUCGCCUACGUCUCCGUCAUGAUGUCGGUCUACGUCGCCGCGCUCUUUGCAUGCGGCUCCGUCCAGCUGAUUGAAGAUGACUUUGACUACCCGCUUUCUGAAAUCGACCUCGAGCUCGCGCAAAAGUCGACAUCCACGACGGCGCCAAAGUCGAGCAAGAGUCAGAGACUGAGGAAUAUGCUCAGACGCAAGACAUCCUCGUCCGACGCAGAGGAAAAGGAAAACGAGAAAUCAGAGUGCGAGACGCAGCCAGAAAUGCCGACCGGGCGCGCGAACCCGAUCCUCGCUCGCACGAGCGCGCUGCAGGCAGCCGACUCGAACGAGCUGCGGCCGACGGACUCCCCCGGCGUGAGAUCGAUCCGGCAGCGGCUGCGGCGGACGCAGGAAGAGUACGAGCCACAAGAUGAUGAAGACGACGACGGUGACGCGCUUGAUCCUGUCGUCAGCGCUGUGACGGCCGAGAUUGUGCAUCAUGAGGCGCAUAAUGUCGUCUUAGCCCGGCUUAUCAUCUUUUUGCGAAACCUGUACCAGCCCCCGACCGCCUCUCUCAUUGUCUCGAUCGUGGUCGCGGUGAUUAACCCAAUCAAAGCGCUGUUCGUGCAGACCGACUACAACAUGCGCCAAGCGCCCGACGGCCAGCCGCCGCUCGAUUUUGUGAUGGACUUCACCGAGUUCAUCGGCAACGCGUGCGUGCCGUUCGGUCUCCUGCUUCUCGGCGGCAUGAUCGGCCGUCUGUCAAUCAAAUCCCUCCCGCGCGGAUUCUGGAAAUACCUCGUCUCGAUCGUCCUUCUAAAACUAGUCGUAACCCCCAUCAUCGCGAUCGCAUUCACGCAAGGCCUGCGCAAAGCCAACGUGAUUGACAGCGACAACCUCGUGCUUGCCUUUGUCUUUAUCAUGUCCUCCGGCGUUCCGAGCUCGACCUCGCAGGUCUACCUGACCUCCUUCUUCGCGCCUGAGGAUAUGGAGCAUAUUCCGCAGAUGGAUUGUCUUGCCGCGUGUUUGAUUGCGCAGUACGUCGCGCUUGUGUUUACGUUGGCGAUCUUAGUUACUUAUACGCUGCAGAUUAUCAUCUAACUGUCUUUUUCUGUCUUUGUGUUUGUGUUUGUGAGUUUGUUGGAGGGGUUGGUAUGAGUUUUGAUUUGGAUGGGAAUGGCAAGUCGUUCAUGAUCUCAAUGUUUGC